CUAUAUUCUCAUAGUGGUUAUCAGAUAGAGCCUACAAGAAAUGGAUUCCGAGUCUAGCCCAUUCUCGAUCUCCCAAAAUCCCACCCAUGUUAACUACACAAAUCAAGCACCAAACCAGUUUACUUCAAUCAGCCCUCCGUUCCAACCCCCAUAUCAGUUCAAUCUCAUGAAUGGUUCUUGUUCUCCUUAUACCAACCUAUCUUAUGGGCCUCCAUUCUCGUUCCAAAAUCUUUUGAACACUCCCGUAUUCUCUAGUGGAGCCACUGAAAAUCCUAGGGCAUCCGGAGGUGGGAGAAAGAAACAUAAGGAUGUCCAAAAUAAUUUAAACACUUCUCAAUCGACUACUAUAAAAAGAGAAGAUUGGAGUUCAGAAGAAGAUAUUGCUUUAACAGAAGCAUGGCUAAACAUUUCUACGGAUCCUGAUGUUGGUAAUAAUCAGAAAAGCACAGCAAUGUGGGAGAGGAUUUCUCAAGUUUGGAAGGACAAAAUGGGGGAAAGCUGCAAGGCUAGAAGUAGUAAUAGCCUUCAAUGCCGGUGGAAUAAAAUGCAAAAGGCAGUGAACAAAUUCCAUGGAAUUUACGAGAAACUUGAAAGGCAUCCCCAAAGUGGCUCGAACCCAGAAGACAUGAAAAGGAGGGCAUUGGUAAUGUACGAGAGACAGUUCAGUGAUAAAAAGAAAAAAGAAUUCAAAUAUAUCCAUUGCUGGGAGCUUUUGAUAACGAACCCAAAAUGGUGUACUAA